AUGGCCGUGGCCCGGCGCAGGGUGUCGGUGGGGCUGGGGGUGGCCGGGGCGGCCUGCGCGCUCCUGGGGGGCUGCCUGCUGCUGGUGGGGCCCCUCAUCAUCAAGGAGCAGGUCGUCAAGAAUGUCAGGAUUGACCCCAACAGCAUCUCCUUCAACAUGUGGAAAGACAUUCCUGUUCCUUUCUACAUGUCGGUGCACUUCUUCGAAGUGCUGAACCCCAAGGAGGUCCUCCAGGGAGCGAAGCCGGUGCUGAACCAGCGCGGACCCUACGUUUACAGGGAGAUCAGGUAUAAAACAAAUAUCACAUUCCAUGACAAUGACACAGUCUCCUUCCUGGAGUACCGGAAACUCUUCUUCCAGCCAGACUUGUCCAACGGCAGCGAAGAAGAGUACAUCGUUGUGCCAAACAUUUUGAUGAUGGGAGCGGCUGUAAUGAUGGAAAACCUGCCAAACUUUGUGAAGCUUUUACUGAGCGGAGCCCUGGCUGGCCUGAAACAGGAGGCGUUCAUGAACCGGACGGUGGGAGAGAUCAUGUGGGGGUACGACGACCCUCUUAUAGACACAAUAAAUAUGUUUGUUCCUGGCCUGAUCCCUUUCAAGGGGAAAUUUGGCUUAUUUGUAGAGCUUAACAACUCCAAUUCGGGACUGUUCACAGUGAACACGGGCAUGAAGAACAUCAGUAAAGUUCACAUGGUGGAUUCAUGGAAUGGACUAAAGAAGGUGAACUACUGGCGGAGCAGCGAGUGCAACAUGAUCAAUGGGACCACGGGGGAGAUGUGGCCACCGUUCAUGUCCCCAACAUCAUUGGAGUUCUACAGCCCUGAUGCCUGCAGAUCCAUGACACUGGUGUACGAGCGGUCUGGGAAGUUCAAGGGUGUGCCCAUCUAUCGCUUCGUGGCACCAAAAACUCUCUUUGCCAAUGGCACGGACUACCCACCCAAUGAAGGCUUUUGCCCCUGCAUGCAGUCCGGCAUCCAGAACGUCAGUACCUGUAGGCUAAAGGCACCGAUGUUCAUCUCCCAUCCUCACUUCUACAAUGCUGACCCAGCCCUGGUGAACGCCGUCGAAGGCCUGCACCCCAGCAAGGACCAGCACGCGCUCUUCCUCGACGUGCACCCGAUGACGGGCAUCCCCAUGAAUUGCUCCAUCAAGCUCCAGCUGAAUCUGUACAUAAAGCAGGUGUCUGGUAUAAUUCAAACAGGGAAGAUUAAGCCAGUGGUCCUGCCGCUGCUGUGGUUUGCAGAGACUGGAUCCAUCGAGGGCGCAGUCCUAAAGCAGUUUUACACCAACCUGGUGCUGAUCCCGUCCCUGCUGGACUACCUGCAGUAUAUCUUCCUUGGGCUGAGUGUCCUGCUUAUUAUCUCAGCAGCUGUACUCAGGGCAAUGAGUCAGAGAACCGCCACCGAGAAGAGCCCGCGCCAUCCCACCACGCAGAGCAAACCGCCCCCCUCCUCCGAGACAACGCCGCUCCUACACGACGCUGGCAUGCUGAGCCAGGACGCCGCCAAAGCCUGAGCCGCUGGCCCUAGCACGCUUCCCACUGGGACACAUCCACGCUGAGGAUGAGACCUGCUUUGGAUCCCCAGAGGUCUCUGGAAGGUGAAGUCGUCCUGGGCAACUCAGCGGAGACCCUGCGCACCACGGCAAAGCUGCUGCACCAGCACUCCCGCACCAGGGCACAGGAGACCUCAUCCAGACACCCGAAACACAGUGUGCAAGAACCCCUGUCCCCAAGGCGCCGGCCUUUGCCACAGCCCCUCUCUCCCGUGGGCCAGCAGGAAUGAAGACGGUGGCUGGCUGAUCCGAGAAGUUAUUUUGCAAUUGAAAACUGCCUGUUGCUAGGAAUAAGAGGCACUUUAACAGGAGCCUUUAAAAUAAAUGAGGUUUGUAUACGUAGCACUGAUGGGAUUUAGUGAUCUUUUUAAAAGCCACUGUUCAUCUCAGGCAAAUGGGGCUUGCUGUCCUGAAGCUACUUACGGUUUUAUUGCCACUUGAUGUGACUGGACUACACUGCAAAUCAAUUUUGGGUGCUGUCACUUCAGCGAUGCCUCCCCUAAAGGCUUCCCAGGGUGCCUGGAGCCUGCCCAGGGUUGCUUCUGCCUUUGCAUGUGUCGGAGAGUACAAUGGUGACUUUUAAAGCCCCAAUUCUGUGCCAUGACCUUGUGCUCCAGCGAUUCUAGUCCAGAGCCCUUUUACUUAGCCUCUGCUUGCUUUAGGUGACUGCAUGAAACGAGCCUUGCCAAAAAUCUCGGUGGUACAUCUGACCUGUCACUCAGCUCCUGGCAGACGGUUGUCCCUGCUGCCUGCUCAGCCAUCCAGGGUCAGGUCUUCUGGCCGUGCACCGACGGUGCUGGAGGCCAUUGCGUCGCUCUGCCCAUGCUGCUUGCACGUGGGAAGGGAGCAGGCGGAAGCUUUGUCUCUCCUUGGGCAUUAACGACGAUAACUCGUGGUUUUGAGAUGGAGGAAGCUAUGUGCAAUCAUGAAAGUAACGAUUGCCUUAGUAAGAUUUGAUGAAAUUAUUGCAGAUUUCUGAAAUGAGGUCUUGGGGGAUCUGGGGCUGGAUGUUAACUGGGGGUGGGUCCGCUGGGGUCACUCUUUAGCGGGAAGGAAGCCCAAAGCCCAGAGAUGUUUUUGGCUAACUACCAAUCAGUAGCUUACCCCACCUGCCUUCCCUGCUUCCAACCGGGAACCAGGGUAGCCCUUAGGAAAGCCAAAAGAGCUGGUGCUGGUGCCUCUGGCAAGGACGAAACGGAGCAUGGAGGGUCUCUGGUUUCUCUUGGACUAGAGGACUUGUUGCACUGCGUGUGGCAUGGGUACUGCCGUGAACCAGAAACCACUGCAGUUGUCUAGGACAGCCCUGCGACCUUCUGGUGGGGUAAGCAAUACUUUCCCUCUUACACCUCCGUCCCUCUUGCUAGGCAGGACGAGCUAAAACUGACACCAGCAGUUCCUAUGCUGGUGCGUUCCUGACUGGCCACAUUCCCCCGCCCCGGCUUAGGCUGUCUUAUCAUGGGAACGGUUGGGAUACAGCCCAGGUCACCCAGGGGGUGGGUAGCAGCUACCCAGAGCUCGGUCUGUGGGCUGAACUUGCCUAGAUGCCCAAAGCGCGUCUCGCAGGCAGGGUGGGACUAGCCAAGUCCCUUCUUGUGGCCAGUACCGCUGGAUUAUUUCUCUGGCGUUAGUCCUCACUAAGGGUGAGGCUUAAACUACAGCUGUAGUUUUCCUCUGGCCUCGAAUCCAAAAUUGUCUACCGGCAAAUGGUGGCUGACAACCUACAGCCUCAGCAAGCGGCGACCGCAACGGGAGCAGGGCAGAGGCACCGUCUCGGGCAAGGCGCUGUGGGACACUCAGGAGUAAGGCCCAGCUGCGCUCGGCGAAGCGAACCGUAGGCCGAGAGAACUCCCCUUGGGCUCCUCUGCUUGAGGCUUUAAUGACGUACCGGUGCUAAGUGCUGUUGUACAGGCGAAAAGAAAUAAAAGACCCGA